AUGCUUUUUGGGGGAGAGAAAAAGAAAAGUUAUCCUCGCGGCGAAGUAUUUGGAGUCACGUUCGCAACUAUACGUCUCUUCUCGGGAGUACGUCCUUUUUCAUUGACUACGGCUCAUUUAGUAACGACGCAACGGAUCCAACUCAUAGGCGCUCGACUCUCGGCGCUGCGGUCGUCCAGGUCGGUCCCCCCCAAGCUGCAGCGCCCCCGAUGCCUCUUUGCGCUGCCCCCUUUCGAGAUACGUGAGAAGGCUCCUCCCCGCGCCGGAGUUGGGAGGGCCCGGGCCUUCCUUCGAAAGGAGCGGCUCCGGUACAAGGAAGGCUUCGGUGGCCUCAGCGCUAUGGCGGAGCCGCUGGGGGACUGCGCCCGUCCGUGCAGGAACGGCUUUGAUAAACCAAAGGAGAGUGUCCAUCCAAGGAAUUUGAUUCCAGAACUUUGCCGGCAGUUUUAUCACUUAGGAUGGGUUACAGGAACUGGUGGUGGAAUCAGCAUGAAACAUGGCAAUGAAAUAUAUAUUGCUCCAUCUGGUGUCCAGAAAGAAAGAAUACAGCCUGAAGAUAUGUUUGUGUGUGAUAUCGAAGAAAAGGACAUCAGUGGCCCUCCAUCACACAAGAAACUCAAGAAGAGUCAAUGUACACCUCUGUUCAUGAACGCUUAUAUCAUAAGAGGAGCAGGAGCAGUGAUUCAUACUCAUUCCAAAGCUGCUGUAAUGGCCACACUUUUGUAUCCAGGAAAAGAGUUUAAAAUAACUCAUCAGGAGAUGAUAAAAGGAAUCAAGAAAUGUACUACAGGGGGAUAUUUCAGAUACAAUGACAUGUUAGUGGUCCCUAUUGUUGAGAAUACACCCGAAGAGAAGGACUUGAAGGAGAGGAUGGCACAUGCAAUGAACACAUAUCCAGAUACUUGUGCCGUGCUGGUCAGGCGUCAUGGUGUUUAUGUUUGGGGUGAAACUUGGGAAAAAGCCAAGACAAUGUGUGAAUGUUACGACUACCUUUUUGACAUUGCAGUACAAAUGAAACAACUUGGAAUUGAUCCUGCUUUGGUUCCCAGUGGAGAAAAUGGAAUUGUUUAGUAACCGUUUUUCCCCUAAAAUGACUACCCUUGAUUACAAUAUUUGGUUUCUAGGACAGCGUCAGAUUAUUAAACAUUAACCAUUCUGUAUUGGUUGUUAAAUGUCUGAAGGAUACUCAAGAUAAUCUGUGUUCCUCAUGCAGAUAUUGAAUUGUACAAAACUCCUUUACCUCUCAAUUUGCAUAACAUUAAUAAUUUGGUUUUAGGAUCUUCUUUGUUUUUCAUAUUCUACUGUUUAACAAUAUACCAUUAUUAAAACCUGAUGGUCUUGUAAUUCUCAAAUUCAGGAUUUCUUUUCUUUUUUUUACAUAAGAAGCACACUAUGGUAUCCAACAGGGAAAAUGUUCAAAACAAUUUCAAAUAGGUGUUGAAAGAGUGCCAUGGAUAAAAGUAUGCCAAAAUAAGACAUUAGCUUUUACUUUUGAAAAAUAACACUUUUUUCACUCUCCUCUUUAAGAAAGUGAAUGCAUUCUCCUACAUGCUGUUUUCCUUGGAUAAUUCAAAAUACAUGUCAGCCCAGAAAUCAUUCCAAAAUUAUAGGUAUUUGAAAAGUAAUGAAAGGAGCUUGAAAAAAAAAUAGUAUACAGAAAUGAAUGGUGUAUUUAUUUUACCUAGGUGUUUUAGAUGGUGCCAAUGGAUUCAACAACAUUUUAAAGGUUACAUGCGUCAUCUUAUAACUUGGUAUGUUAACAAAAAGUAAAAUAGGAAUAUAUUGCUGUAAUUUCAGUGUUACUUGCUCUGUGGGGAUAAGAUGGAUGCUGGGCACAAAGUCUGAAAGGCUGAAGUUCAUGAAGAUGACUAGUAGUUAAAGAAGUGAACCCUGCCCCAGAUGAAGUGCUAUCAGAAUUAUUUAUUAAAAGGACUAUCAGAUGAAUAUUAAAGUAUUGUUUAAAUGCAAAAUGAUAGGAGUCUCUUCUACCUGCCACUAAAACACACAACAGUAUGUGCAAUAGCAAGAACAGAAGUUCUUUUUGGUCCUGGUGACAUUUUAUGCAAACACUAUCUAGUAUUGAAUAAAUAUUUAUUUGUAAAUUACAU